UUGAGGAGACACUGGAUGUUACUAACAUUAAGCUCAAUGCGGUUACCAUCAUCCAUUAUGUGCUAAAUAUCCGUUUUGAUUUUGAAUUCCUCAUUCAUAUUGGAGAGAAAUGGCUUUUUCUCGUGCAUGGAGCAGUUUUGGGAUGUAUUUCUACCUUUUUUUACUCUGCUGCUGGCAAACGGUGACUGGGCAGCUCUCAUAUUCCGUUCCAGAGGAGGUAAUCCCAGGGACACCGAUUGGAAAUAUCGCCAAGGAUUUAAACCUCAGCACACAACAGCUGGAAUCUCGUAUGUUUCAGAUUGUUGCUGGAUCGAAGAAAAAACUAUUUGAGGUAAACCUCAAGACAGGUUUUCUUUAUGUUAGUGAGAGGAUAGACAGAGAAGAGCUUUGCUCGGAGGAGCGCAGAUGCUCACUUAAAGUGGAAGCUGUGAUAAAUAAUCCGUUAAAGAUUUAUCAUAUUGACGUGGAAAUUUUAGAUGUAAAUGACAAUUCCCCGUCCUUUGACACCACUCUGCAGAAUUUGUACAUUGCCGAGAGCACUUUGCCGGGAGUCAAAUUUGCAUUAUCUGAAGCGACUGAUGCAGACAUAGGAAAAAACGGGGUCAAUACUUACAAAUUAAGCCUGAAUGGACAUUUUUCGUUGGCUGUGCACAAAACAGAUGAUAGUGUGUCUGCAGAGUUGGUGUUGCAGAAGGCAUUAGACCGCGAAAACAAAGCUGCAAUCACAAUGACGCUGACUGCAUUAGACGGUGGGACUCCUCCUAAAUCUGGCGCCUCGCAAAUUAUCGUUAACGUGCUGGAUAACAACGACAACAUUCCAGUAUUCAGCCAAGCACUGUAUAAAACAAACAUUACCGAAAAUACGCAGGUGGGAACAACGGUGAUCGCUGUGAGCGCCACCGAUGCUGACGACAGCCUGAACGGUGAGAUUGUGUAUUCGUUGAGGAGCAAAGAUCAGAAACACAUAUUGGAUAUGUUUGUAAUUGAACCACAAACUGGCAUCAUUAAGGUAAAGGGUAAUAUAGAUUUUGAGGAUAGAAAAGCAUUUGAGAUAAGAGUAGAGGCCAGUGAUAAAGGACAGCCACCCAUGUCUGCUCACAGCAAGGUGCUGGUAGAAGUGUUGGACCUAAAUGAUAACGCUCCUGAAAUCACCGUCACUUCUUUGCAUCACACUGUGAAAGAGGACGCAGCUGCGGGCAUCGUGGUUGCACUUGUUUCAGUUCUUGAUAAAGACAGUGGAAAAAAUGGUGACAUAAAGGUAGAAAUUAAAAAUGACGUACCAUUUAAACUGGAAACAAACUACAAAAAUUAUUAUUCGUUGUUAGUUGACGGGACGCUCGAUAGGGAGAAAGUCUCUAAUUACAACAUUAAUAUAGUCGCUACUGAUAAAGGAAUCCCGCAACUUUCAAGUACAACUAUAGUUUCUAUAAUUGUUUCUGAUGUAAAUGAUAACGCGCCUCUGUUUUCAGAGGAUGUCAUUAAUGUGUCCCUCAGGGAAAACAGCGCAGUGGGAACCAGACUCAAGAGAGUUACUGCGACUGACGCUGACUAUGAGCAAAACAGUAAGAUGAGCUAUUCAUUUUUACAAAGUGUCGGUAAUAUAUUACCAUUAUCCACACUGGUGAAUAUUAAUUCAGAGACAGGGGAUAUAAUUAGCCUUCAGUCUUUUAACCAUGAAGAGUUAAAAACAUUUCAGUUUAAAGUUCAGGCUACAGACUCUGGUGUUCCUCCGCUAAGCAGCAACGUGACAGUUAAUGUUUUCAUUUUGGAUGAAAAUGAUAAUAAUCCAACUAUUUUAGCUCCUUAUUCUGAGCACGGCUCUGUUAACAGUGAGACCAUCCCUUAUUCUGCUGAAGCGGGAUACUUUGUAGCAAAGAUCAGGGCUGUGGACGCAGAUUCUGGAUACAACGCGCUGCUUUCUUAUCACCUGUCGGAGCCCAAAGGAAACAACCUGUUCAGGAUCGGAACCAGCAGCGGAGAAAUCAGGACUAAGAGGAGAAUGAGCGACAAUGACCUGAAAACUCAUCACUUGUUGGUGUUAGUUUCUGAUAAUGGAGAACCUUCUCUGUCAGCCACUGUUUCUAUUGAUGUGAUGGUGGUUGAAAGCACAGCUGAUGUCCAGACUCAGUUCAGACAUGUGCCUAUAAAGGAGGACAACUUCUCUGAUUUGAACUUGUAUCUACUGAUCGCCAUCGUGUCAGUGUCUGUGAUCUUUCUGCUGAGCCUCAUCAGUUUAAUAGCUGUCAGAUGCCACAGGACAGACAGUGAUUUCAGCAGGUACAGCGCCCCCAUGAUCACCACCCACCCUGACGGGAGCUGGUCUUACUCUAAAGCUACUCAGCAGUAUGACGUGUGUUUCAGUUCAGACACACUGAAGAGUGACGUAGUGGUUUUCCCGGCACCGUUUCCGCCUGUAGAUGCUGAACUGAUCAGUAUUGACGGAACAGACACUUUUACCAGAACUCAGACUUUACCAAACACAGACAAGGUAAGAUGUUUAUAUUAA